AUGAAGGCUGACUACACAAAAGCAGUGAGUCACUGGAUUGAAAUAGACACCAAAUACCACAACCAGACCUGUGGACUCUGUGGAAACUUCGAUGGCAUUUCCAAUGAUUUUAUGAAAGAUGGAUUUCCACUGUCUGUGACAGAUUACGCUGAGACCUACAAGGUGGACGGGCCGACAGAAACCUGUGAGGAGCCUGAGAUAAACCCUGUUGUGAGCUGUGGUGAUAAGCAAUUCUGUGACCAGAUUUUCUCCAGUGCUCCUUUCAGCAGUUGCCAAAACCUUGUGGAUGUGGAUUCCUUCAGUAAAGCCUGUAUGGCUGAUAUGUGUAACUCUAAAGACAACACAGAUUCUGUUCUCUGCAAAACGAUCUCAGAGUUCUCUAGAGAGUGCGCCCAUGCAGGUGGCAAACCCCAACAAUGGAGGAACACAACUUUUUGCUAUAAGAAAUGUCCAUACAACAUGGAGUUCUUGGAGUGUAGCAGUUCAUGUCCUGACAGCUGCUCCACCCCUCAGGCCAGCCAGACAUGUGACACCCACUGCCACAAUGGCUGCAGUUGUCCUGAUGGGACGGUCUUUGAUGAUAUCGGUAACACUGGCUGCAUUGCACUGAAUCAGUGUCCAUGUCUACACAACAACAAAGUCUACAAGUCUGGGGAGUCGUACUUUCACAACUGUAGAUCCUGUGUGUGUCAGAGCGGUCAUUGGAAAUGUACGGAGGAGAACUGUCCAGGAACCUGCUCUGUGGAAGGAGGAGCUCAUGUCCACACCUUCGAUGGAAAAGUCUACACCUUCCAUGGGGACUGCUCCUAUGUUAUGGCUAAGGUACAUAACAACUCCUUGUACACUGUGCUGGUGGAUUUGGUCAAGUGUGGUAUGGCUGAAAGUCGGACUUGCCUAAGAGGUGUAACUCUGGCCUUAUACAGCAAUUCCAUGGUUAUUAAAAUUCAGGCAUCUGGGCAGGUCUAUGUGAACCACAUCCUUUCUCAGCUUCCACUGUUUACACCGGAGCUGAGUGCCUUCAAACCAUCAUCCUUCUACAUUGUCAUAAGUACCAAAGCAGGCAUACAAGUGAUGGUCCAGCUGUCUCCCAUGAUGCAGGUCUUCAUGACAGCACCCACUUCGCACACUGGAACCACCUCUGGCUUGUGUGGGAACUUCAAUAACAUAAUGAACGAUGACUUCAGGGUAAUGAGUGGGCUAGUGGAGGGCACUGCCACAGCUUUCGCCAACACGUGGAAAACCAGAGCCAGCUGCCCUGACAUUGCGGCAGGCUUUGGACACCCCUGUAGCCAGGGCAUCAGCAAGGAGAGUUAUGCCCAGUACUGGUGCUCCAAACUAACAGAUCCCCAGGGAGUGUUUGCUUCCUGCCACUCUGUCAUUAGCCCCAGCACAUACAAAGAUACCUGCAUGUAUGACAGCUGUAACUGUGAGAACAGUGAGGAUUGCAUGUGCGCAGCAGUGUCCUCAUACGUCCAUGCCUGUUCAGCGGCAGGAAUUCCUCUCAGAGACUGGAGGUCAACCAUCUGUGGCAAAUUCAGUGUAUCAUGUCCAGAAGGAACGGUGUACGACUACAACAUGACGUCCUGUGGUCGUAGUUGCCGUUCCUUGAGCCAAAAUGACUACUCCUGCCAGACCACCUUCAUUGCAGUGGAUGGCUGUGGCUGUGCCGAGGGAACCUACAUGAAUGAGGAAGGGCACUGUGUGCCCAGUUCAAGCUGUCCCUGCUAUGAUAAAGACACCAUUAUUCCUGCUGGACAGGCUGUCAGUAGAGAAGGCAUCACAUGUGUCUGCAAACAAGGAGAGCUCAGGUGCUCAGGAGGAACACAGCUAAUAUCUUCACAAUCAUGUGUUUCCCCAAUGGUGUACUUCGACUGCGCCACCGCUCAACUUGGUGCCACUGGGACUGAGUGUCACAAGAGCUGUAGCACUCUGGACAUGGCUUGUGUUAGUACAGGCUGCAUGUCAGGCUGCAUGUGCCCUGAUGGAUUGGUGUCAGAUGGACAAGGAGGCUGUAUCAAUGAGACCAGCUGUCCAUGUCUGCACAACGGAAAUGUUUACCAGCCUGGACAGACACUUACUGUGGACUGCAACACAUGCUAUUGCAGUGGAAGGAAGUUCACAUGCACCACCAAUCUUUGUGAUGCUGUUUGUAGCAUCUAUGGUGACGGUCACUACAUCACAUUUGAUGAUAAAAGGUUUGACUUCAGUGGAGAGUGCGAAUACACACUCCUCCAGGACUACUGUGGCACGGGUCAGGACAAUGGAAGCUUCAGAAUUAUCACAGAGAAUGUUCCAUGUGGAACCACAGGAACCUCCUGCUCCAAGACCAUCAAGAUCUUUGAGGGGGAUAAUGAAUUCCAACUUAAAGAUGAGAAUUUCAGGGUGGUAAAGGGCAGCAGCCAGGUGUUCCCUACUCAGAUACAGAAGAUGGGAAUUUACCUGGUGUUGACAAUCAAGCAAGGACUUGUGCUCAUGUGGGACCAGAGGACCAGUCUUUUCAUUAAACUCAGCCCACAGUUCCAGGGUCAAGUCUGUGGUCUGUGUGGAAACUAUGAUGGCGACAUUAGGAACGACUUCACCACGCGCUCCCAGGAGACAGUGGCAGAUGUGCUAGACUUUGGUAACAGCUGGAGGGUUUCAUCCAGCUGCCCCAAUGCCCAGCUAGUCAGCAACCCCUGUGCAUCCAACCGCUACCGGGCAGCCUGGUCCCAGAAACAGUGUAGCAUCAUCAUUAGUGUCACCUUCCAGGCCUGUCAUUCACAGGUUGACCCUGGUCCAUACUUUGAUUCUUGUGUGAGAGACUCUUGUGCUUGUGACACGGGUGGGGACUGUGAGUGUCUCUGCACUGCUGUGGCUGCCUAUGCCAAAGCUUGCAAUGAAGCUGGGGCCUGCGUUAAAUGGAGAACUCCAAAGCUGUGCCCUGUUUUCUGUGACUACUAUAAUGCUCCUGAUGGUUGUGAGUGGCACUACAAGCCUUGUGGAGCUGCCUGCAUGAAGACAUGUAGAAAUCCAUCGGGAAACUGUUCCAACCUCAUUACUGCCCUGGAAGGCUGCUAUCCACAGUGUCCCUCAACUCAGCCAUACUUUGAUGAAGACUCCAUGAAGUGUGUUGCAUGGAACCAGUGUGGCUGCUAUGAUGACAAAGGCACCCAUUACAACAUCGGAGAUAGGGUUCCAUCAAACAACUGUAACACUUGCUCCUGUACAGUUUCUGGAAUAGAGUGCAGAUACGAUGUGAACACUUGUACAUGCUUCGUCAAUGGAAAAACCUACAAAUAUGGGGAAACCAUCUACAACACCACAGAUGGGCUAGGACAUUGUAUUACAGCUACGUGUGGGGCCAAUGGUACCGUAAUAAGGACAACGCACCUAUGCUUAACUACCACCACCCCUGGCCCUACAUCAACCCCCUUUACUUUCAGCACAGUUGGAACACCAACUACAGGUAAUAGACACAACAUCCACAGGAUCUACUUCCAAACCUGA